AUGGCUCCGACAACCCUCGUGACCUUUUUAGUCCGCGUGCCUCCUUCGACGAGGUCAGUGAGCCUGUAUGGUUCCUGGGACAACUUCUCCACAGCCUAUCCCAUGCAAAAGGAUUCCCGCACGGGCCCAGAGCACUGGUCCGGGUGCCAUAGCUUUUCCAACAUUAUCUGCGAUGGCGACAAUCAGCCGAUGGGAAUCCCUAGGGACGGCGCCCUGAAGAUGGGGGGCACCUACUGGUAUUAUUACAAGUUGGACGACGAUAUCGAGUUUCACAAUUCCGCCGAGCAUUCGACCACGGCUUGCCCUCUCCUUCCGGGCCAGCUGGUCAACGUCCUGAACGUCCCUCUGGCCAUGAGCAGCAGUCGACCGCGAAACGAUAGUGUCAGCUCUACUGGCUCCGAGUUUCGCACAAUGAAUCCUUCGGACAGAUUCAUGAACCCCAGGCCGGUGCCGGCGAAGCCGUCGCUGCCGAGGCUGAAGACAUCACCAACGUUUCCUCCUCAACAGUCCUGGUCGUCGGGGAGCUCUCCAGUCAGCGCCGACUUUAGGAGAGGGAGAUCUGCUUCUUCCCGGGGUUCGUCACAGCCGGGGAGUGCCACGACUUUGAAAUUUGGAAAGUCGACAAAGAAACCCUCGCUUGAGGUGCUCAACCGAUCACUCUCUCGAGGCAGCAACCGAUCAGCUGGCUUCAUCGGCGCCAUCCGCGCUUUGAAAUCACCACGGAUACCAAGUCCCGACACUUCGUUCGAUCGAGGACGACCAGAAUACAGUCCGGCCACCUUUACGACGAGGGGAGGUUCUCAGCGAGGUACAACACCAAGGACGCCGACAAACGAGACCAGGAGUUUCCUCGAGUCGGACGAGCUUUCCUCGCCUGGUCCGUCGAGGGAGCUUGCUCUGCGAAAGGACGUUGAUAUUUGGGUCGAAGGUUCCGCAACGGUGGCAAUCUCCUCCUUUUCCCAGCAUCGAAGACAGCGCUCCCAGUCUCGAGAACCGUCAUCCUUGCGCAACCCUUUGUCACGGGGUAGUACGCCGGAACGAAAUCCUUUGGAGCAGGCCACCACUCCAUACCGCCCCUUGGAAACGCUGAAAGAAGUGGCGUCUCCAGCAACCACGCCCGGUCAACCAUUAACAGCGGUCAAAGUUGAAGUUCAUCACCGCAUUGAUGAACCACAAGCGCCGCUCGACCUGGAGAAACGCUUACCUACCCUGCCAAACACCCCGUCUUCCGUAUACCCCCCAAGUAGUGUGGAUGGCUCUCCUAGCGACCAGCACCGAGAGGUUGACAUGCAACAUCUCAACAGCCGCUUCAGCAGCACCACUAUCGAGACAGGAUCUCAUGUGGAUAGUUACAUCAACAACGACCGGAGCCACUUCUCUGAUUGGACCUUGAGUACAACCCGGAUCUCGCCUCGGUCGGAAUAUGCAUCUAGUAUUCUCGAUUUUGAGCCCAUGAGUCCUCCUUUGGAGUCGGAAUUCGAGUAUGGUGACUGUCAAUCGAUCGAGGUGAUUGAUCCAGUCACCAACACUCAUGAGUGGAAGUCGUCAACACAUGCAGAACCCAGUCAGGAUGGCAUGCCUACUGCACUCAGCAUCUCAACCCUCAGUUCUGUGGCUUCUUCAGCGAUACCCAGUGCCCACGUCGAUCUAGAUAGCGCUAGAGAGCCAGACUUUUCCUGGGGCAAAUUUCAGCACUAUAGCCUCCCGACGGAAGACGGGACAUCCGGGGUCACUGUCAAACCGGCUGUGGCAACGGAACAAGUGGCCCCGUUGGUUGUCGGUGAGCAUAAUCGACCGACUGAGUUUCCGACUCAGGGUGUGGCACUCAAUGGUUCAGGACUGCCACAUUCUACAGACAUGCAGGAACUGCUGGAUGAACUGAGCUAUCUGAGUGGUUUGAUCCGGCAGCAUUGA